GUGUGUUUGUGUGUAUUUGUGUGGGGAGGGCGUUUGGAGGGAAGGUUACCGGGAGCUCUGUGGCCGCAGGGGGGCAGGGAUCCCGGUGACAAAAAUGGGGGUGUUUUUUCUCUCUUCCACUUGGAAGCCUCAACUCCCCCUUCAGGCACGCUAGAUGCUUCUUGGGGCCCAGUCGACGGCCAUACCCCUCCAGCGCGUCCCCAUCCUUUCUGGGGAGCUAAACCCACCCCCCGGGGCCAUCCCGGAGGAGCGUGAGCGGGGAAUGCCCCAGCCGCCCCGCCGUCCGGAUCCCGCGCCGGCGCAGCCUCGGGCCUCGGUCCGGAGAGAUUGUCGGUCUGGGCUGGGGGAAAGGCAGCCGUGGCCUGGGCCGCGGGUGAGGGCAGAAUAACCCGUGGGAAGGCUGCAUUUUCACGAAGGACUCGGGUGAAGCUGCAGAGCUGCCUUUGAGCCCUGACUCCUUGGCUUCCUGGGUCGGAGGAGAUCUUGUAAUGGAGUGGUUCUUCGUCUCACACUAACAAGAUGCCUGAUUUCCUCAGGAUCGAGGGAUUGAAGAAUGUCCCGGGUUCCAUUGGGGAAAGUCCUCCUGAGGAAUGUCAUCCGGCACACAGAUGCUCACAAUAAGAUUCAGGAGGAAUCGGAUAUGUGGAAAAUAAGAGAACUGGAGAAACAGAUGGAAGAUGCUUACCGGGGGACUAAAAGGGAAAUGUUACCCAGCAGUUCAAGCCGGAUGCGUAGUGAUGGUUUUGAUGAAGAAAGUCAAAGAGACUAUUGGAGGCCAAAGAAUGAAAUUUCUGGGACAUUAGAAGAUGAUUUUCUUAAGGCUAAAUCCUGGAACAAGAAGUUAUAUGAUUAUGAAGCUAACAUGCCAGACAGAUGGGGUCACAGUGGUUAUAAAGAGUUAUACCCUGAAGAAUUUGAAACAGACAGUAGUGAUCAGCAAGAUAUUACCAAUGGACAAAAAACAUCUCCCCAGGUAAAAUCAUCUUCCCAUGAAUCUCACAAACACAAGAAGUCAAAGAAAGCCCACAAAAAAAAGCAGAAAAAAAAGUCACACAAAAAACAGAAGAAAAGCAAAAAGGAAGCCACAGAUAUAACAGCAGAUUCCUCAAGCGAGUUCUCAGAAGAAACUGGGGCUUCUAGUACCAGGAAAAGGAAACAACCACAUAAGCACAAGAAAAAAUCCAGGAAAAAGUCUCUCAGAAAACCUGCUUUAUUCUUAGAGGCAGAAAGUGACAGUUCCCGGUCAGAUGAUUCCGCAUCCAGCAGUUCUGAGGAAAGUGAGGAAAGAGACACUAAGAAAACCAAGAGGAAAAAGAGAGAGAAAAAAGUUCAUAUCCCUGUAGUUAACAAUGAAAUCCAGGAGAGGACAAACAAACGCACAAAUUGGAAAGUGGCUACAGAUGAAAGGUCUGCCGAGAGUUCAGAGGAUGACUAAAUGAGAAAGAAACACUCUCCAGUUUCCAUGAGACCCUGGCUAUUUACAGCUUUUACACCUUGGGGUUUCCUGUUGACUGUAUUGCUCAGCACAGGGGGCCUGAGGUCAGAGCUGUCCUGUGCCAUCUGUAUACGUUCUCACAGACUUCUUAUCUUUCAUUUUGGCCUGUUAAACUUGACCCUCUUACUGUUAAUAGGGAAUCUGGUAUUUUGUUAUUAAGUUUUCUUGAAGAGAUUAUUUUUUGGCAAUUAAUCACUUUUAGCAUAGAGUGCAUAUACAGCAAAUUAAAGGACCCAGAAAGCUGAAUCCAGUAAUGACCUGGGUACACCAAUUGGAAUGUUGGAUUUGGGGAAAGCAAGGAAUGGGAUCAAGAGGUGGAUUGGAACCAGUGCUGUGUAGGAUGGUAUAAGGCAACAUCAAGUUGCUCUCGUCUGUUUAUAUAGCAGGUGCCACAACUUGACUUUUUUUGUCUUCAUUCUUGGUGCUUUCAUCUUUCUGUAUUUUGGCCCCACAGGUGUGGUCCUAUUUACUUAAUGAGGAAAUGAGCAUAAGAACAUUUUCCCUUCAUGAUAACAUCCAUAGACAGCUGGUAUUAGAAGAGACUAGGAUUUUCUGUCAAAUUCCCCUGCUGGACAGGGUCAGUGGCUACUCAAUAUACCCCUAAACAUGGUAAUUGGAUACAAAGUGGUUUUCUAGUUCCAUUGGUGCAUAUUGCCUAAAUGGACUUGUGUUCAAAAUUAUUUCUUCAGUUGUCUUAGGUAAGUCCUCAACCAAAUGGGGAAGAAUGAGGAAUUAGUCAUGCCAUCUAAUGGUGCUCUGAACAGGAUUCAGGGCAGCAACUGCCAUUUAAAUGUUAUCUUCCUUGUUCAUUUUUAGAUCUGUUAAUGAACUUUAGGUUUUCCCUGAAACUAGGUUCAAUCAGUUCCAGAAUGAAACAGGCUUCUCAGGGACAUAGCCACUUCUUCCCAGUCUGCCUUUGGUUAUUUCCCUUUGCUAAGAUACAGUCAUGUGUCGGUUAACAAUGAGGAUGCGUUCUAAGAAAUGUGUCGUUAGGUGAUUUUAUAGUUGUGCAAACAUCAGAGGGUACUUAUACACCUAGGCUAUAUGGUACUAAUCUUAUGGGACCACUGUUGCACAUGGGUCUGUUGUUGACCGAAACAUCCUUAUGUGGCGCAUGACUACUGUGAUCCCUACUAUGUUAAUUCUCAAGAAACCAAAAUAUCUUUGAACGAAGGCUGGCAGAACACAAGUGAAUUUUUUCAUUAUGACAGAUCAGGUGACACAUUGUUUUUUCCUGGUUGUUGCUUCAUGGGCUGAGUAAAAAGCUUGAAAACUCAGACUUUGGUCUUGGUUCUGCCACUGAUUGGUUAUGAGGUUCAGAGCAGGUAAGUUAACAUCCCUAGCCUUACUUUUCCCAUGUGUAAUACAAACAUAUUUCAUGGUAGCAGGACAGUGUAAGACACCAGCAAUAGAAUAUAACUAUGACAGCAUUCCAUGAGGUGGUAAUACUUUGUGGUUCUAACUACUAAAUUUGUUCUCUUUACAGAACAGAUUUCUAUUAAAAUUCUUAGUCAUAAAAUACAUGGUUGGCCAGAGGUUCCCUAUCCCUUGAUUAUAAGCAGGUGCUACCUUUUGGGAUAUUUAUUUGAAAUAUUAAUACUUCGGUACUCAAUUAUCAGUGUUCCAUGGUGUAUAUUUUUACCUUUGGGACUGGUAGGGGCCCAAGGGGGGAAGAACAGUCUAUAAUUACUACCUCUUAACCUAAAGCAACUGUUUUGUUCUUGGAGCAAGUGAAAUCUGUUGGAAGGGAUUUUCAGCAUAUAUAUUUUUAGCAUUGUUUCUGUGCUAUAAAAUUACUGAUUCUAAGCACAGACUCGGGAAGAGGGGCCAGUGGAACAAGGCAUCUCCAGGAAGUGGCUUCUAUUUAGGUCUUGACUUUUCCUUCCUCCCACACUAGCAGGCCUCUUUCCCAGCGAAUAUACAUCUUGCCUGUUUUGUUUUGUUUGCCAUGUUUACCUUUUCUUGGUCACGUAUAAGCAAUAAAGCUGUUUCCUGUUCUUCA